UUUGGUCUGCCGGAGGGAGGAGACGGUGAACAAUGAGGGAGCCGACUGGCAGGACCAGCAGAGGUGGAAAUCUGAAACAAACAGCCCCCUCCCCAACUCUGAAGUCUCACCGGACAGACUGACAAUGACAGCUGGCUUCAGUCGGAGAGGAGGCAUGAAGAUGUGUUUGUGCUCUACGCUGCAGAGAUCAGAGCUUUGCCGAGGCGCCUACAGUGCGCGGAUGUGAAUGGAUGGACUCGUAUCGCUGAAGUGGGUCCAGCGUACCGCCGGAGGAGCAGGAGAUAAACACGCAGCAGGUUAGGACCAGAGGAGAGACCUGAACCUGCGUCCUGCAGCUCCGUAUCAGGCUCUGAUUACACCAAACUCAGAAAAAAAAACCUUGGCUAGACGGAAGAAGACAGACUGAACUCAAGCAAACAACAAGGUUUUUAAUCAAGUAGACUCGGUUUAUUUCACUGAUCAAUAGCUGCAGGGAGAUCCGUUAUCAGCUGGAAGGUCGGAGCGGAGCGCAGCAGCUCUGCUCAGCGAGCGGAUGCAGGACCAUGGAGGAGAGAGACAGGUCGCCAGCAGCCUGCCACAUAGUGUCAAGGCGAGCCUGUCUCUUUCUCCGUCUGGGCUGGGACGGGCAGGCAGUGGUGGGGGCUCCCCCACAUCCAAAACAAGCUAUUGCGGAGGGGUCCCAGUGGAGGACAUGCAGGCGCUGGCCAUCAACUCUCUGUCUGCAGCAGAUGUAGCCAAACAAUACGAGCACAUCCGUGAACUGGGGAAAGGCACAUAUGGCAAGGUGGACCUGGUGGCGCACAGGACACAAGGCACGAAAAUGGCACUGAAGUUUGUCACGAAGAACAAGACGAAGCUGAAAAGUUUCCUACGAGAGUACAGUUUAACGGGCUCACUCAGCUGCAGCCCUUUCAUCAUCAAAGUCCUCGAUGUGCUUUUUGAGACAGAGGACAGCUACGUGUUUGGACAAGAAUACGCCCCCGCUGGAGACCUUUUUGACAUCAUACCACCACAGGUGGGUCUGCCUGAGGAGAUGGUCAAACGCUGCAUGCAACAGCUGGGCUUGGCCCUGGACUUUAUGCAUAGCAAGAGUUUGGUACAUCGGGAUGUGAAACCUGAAAAUGUUCUUUUGUUUGACCGCGAAUGUCGCCGCAUCAAACUAGCAGACUUUGGAAUGACCCGACGGGUGGGCUGCCGUGUGAAACGGGUGAGUGGCACCAUCCCCUACACGGCACCAGAAGUGUGUCGAGCUAACCGUGCAGAAGGGUUCCUUGUGACCACCAGUCUGGAUGUGUGGGCUUUCGGAGUGCUGGUCUUCUGCAUGCUGACUGGCAAUUUCCCUUGGGAAGCAGCGAUGCCAGCUGACGCUUUCUACGAGGAGUUCCGGCGCUGGCAGAAAGCAGGUUGCCCGGUGGGAACGUACCCGUCUCAGUGGCGCCGCUUUACAGAUGAUGCUUUGCGGAUGUUUCAGAGGCUGCUUGCAUCUGACCCAGACAAACGCUGUGGGGUCAAGGACAUCUUUUGCUUCAUCAAAUACGAGCUGGUCAGCGAGCUCCGGCGCAGAGCGUCUUACCGAGCAAAACGAGGCGAGAGGUCAAGCUCGGGAGUGUGUACUGGCAGUUGCUCCUCCUUGUCGUCAUCGCGUUCCUCCCACAGACACCCCGAUCCAUCCACCCCUCCAGGGACGUCCUGCCUCCGCCCAGCUCCACUUAAACGUAGCGUCCUCUCUGACCCAGUGUCUCCCAGAGAGGAAUCCGGACAGCACCCGUCUCCAGGCCGAGAAAAGAACAAAAGCCAGAUGGUGAUGGCGACAGCCAUAGAAAUCUGUGUGUGAUGAUGCUAACAUUAGCCCUGAAAAAACAGAUGGAUUUUCACAGCAACAACAAGCCACGAGGCAAUGUUAAUGACUACCACGGAGACUCUGUGAGAAAAGGAGAGGGACUAAGACUUUGGAAGAGAUUCUCAGGGUCCUGAUCCGAGCUGUGGAACUGGACAUCACCAAUCAGUGGACAUUUGGACAACACAUGCUGGUAUUCAAUGGGAUUUCAGUUUUCAUUUGUGACCAAAGACUUAUUCCUCUGCAGAGAAGCCAUGUAGGCAACAUUUGACAGUUAAUCAUUCCCCCAAUCUCACAUUGGUGUUUUCUCCCCAUUACACUGUGGUGGUGCUGAGUACUUUAUACUUAAUUUCACUCCAUGUCUGUACUUCAGUGGUACGUUUUGGCACUAGGUAGGCUAAAGUAACUGAGAAAGGCUAGUAACCACACUGUCUUUUCUCACGCUUCCUUCUAAGUUCUAAUGCAUAAAACCCAACGUGACCAAGAUAAAGAUGAAUAAAAACGUAUAAUCACAAUGUAGCAUUUUGUAAGAGAUGUGUUUUUCAAAUAGGUGCCUCAACUGAGUGGUUUUAAUGAAAGGCAUCAACUCAGGACACACUGGAGUAUCAGUUACUGUUUUUCAUUGGUGGAUAAUAAUUUAAAAAUUGGUACCUAUGAACAACUCAGUAAGAUUCUUUUAAAAAUGAAACAUUAGAAAAAUAGAGUGUGUUUCUUCUGACAAAAAAUGGACAACGAAAUGGUGGUGAGAUGCUCCUUGUGCUUUGAGAGAGAGAGACAGAGAGAGAGAGAGAGAGAGAGAGAGAGAGAGUGUGUGUGUGUGUGUGUGUGUGUGUGUGUGUGUGUGUGUGUGUGUGUGUGUGUGUGUGUGUGUUACUGUGUUUAAAUGCUAAAGCACAAGAUUUUUGUAAGAAGCUUAUAGAGAACCGUGGCUAUGUUGUACAUACCGUGAUAUUUCUAGGAGUUCACCAUAAAAUCAGGUAGUUCCAUGUAGCUGUACUGAUUUUCUACAACAGUAAUGGGUUUUCUGGUGUUAAGGUAACUGUUGGGGUCAACGCACUAGAUGUAGCAACAUCACCGGAAUAUUGUUAGAAAUACAACCAAUGAGUGUCUGAUCUCAACGUUUUGUGGUUGAUUUAACACGGUAGCAGCUGCUGUUUUGGUUUAUCUCAAGUCGAUCUGGUGGUUUUACUUUUUAAAUUUGACACACAUCAUUGAUCAUAUUCCUGCAAUGACCUGUGACCUUUACCCAAUCGUGAGCAUCCAUUGUUGCUUUGAAUUAAAAAAAUUUCACAGACUCAGUGAAGUCUAAUCAGAGCCGUGUUGAGGGUUGCUCAGAACAUGCUGUCUCAGUCCUUGGUUUAAUUUGGUCUUGUGGCUUCUCUAGGGUGUAAUCCAUCCUAAUGAAUCACCGGAAUAACAGAGCCCUGGCGUUUAUUGCUUGGGAAGAUGACCUCCGUGUGUUGAUCCUGAUUGAACGUGACCGGCGCACACGGAUCAGCCCCAGGUUUCGUCAAGAUGCAGAUAAUUGCACCGAAUGGCUUUUACAAAUGCACCGGUACAUUUCACACUUAUGUCUGUCAGGUUUUUCUUUUUUCCACUCUCUACCCAUGACAGCUUAUCUCCUCCGUCGCCGUAGUGACAGCGCUGGGAGUUUCUCAGGUUCAGUGUCUGUCCUCUUCUUGAGGAUUGGGUCUAAUUGAACACUAAUGAGAACUUGUUGCCCACUCCCUCCUCCUUCCAGUCAUGUGCAGCUCCACAUGACAGUUGCUUAGCUUAUUAUCCAGAAUGACACAUUUCAGCUGAAACACAUUUUUCUGCACUUUAUGAGCAACUCGUUAUGCAAUCUCAUUAGCUCCAAAGCUGAAGAUGCUUAAUCCUCUUUGAUUGAGCUUGAAGUGAUGUAAGGAUGAAUAGUACACUGAAAAAAAUGUAUUAUUUUUAAAUAUUAAAUAGUAGUUUAAAAAAAAGUCUAACUAAGCCACAAAAAUUGUAUAAAUUUGAUGCAAAUGUGUGAAAAUUAUUAACAACUAUAAGAAAUGGUUUAAAUAAAAAUAGAUUAGAUGCAGUGCACAAUUGAUGCAGAUUCUAGAUUUUAUUGCAGAUAAGAAAAAUUGUAGAGUACAGGUGAAAACAUGGUCAUUUUGUUAAAACAGUUGGGAUUUAUUUUCUACUUAUUUAGUAAAAUAUAAAGUAGAUGUUAUUUUCCAAAGCUGACAUCUAAAUUUAAAUAAGAUAACAUUUUUGUGAAGAAACAGCUAAAACUGUUCUUAAAAUUAAAAAGUUCAGAGGAGUUGAAGAAACCAUUUUGUGAAAACAUAAUUACAUUUCUGUAGAUUUGAAUGAAAAAGUAAAUUUGGAGGAUGUAAGUUUUAAAUUGACACUUCUGAGCCAAAAUGUAAAAAAAAGCCCUUUAAUAAAAGUUUGAUAAUAAAUAUGAGACAUUUUUAUUAAACCACUACAAUCUGGUCGCAGGUUUACUCCAGUGGCCAUUAAUAUUAAUAAAUAUUCUUUACUUAUAAAAACCCACAAAAAGUUUACAAUGUUCAUCAAAAUGUGACCUGAAUCCCUGGCGUCCACCUUGUUUCACUUUUCCUAAAGAAGACAGAAAUCCUGAAUUUGAAAAAAACUGUGUAAUAUUACAUGAACUAUGUAUUAUUUUAGCCUGCCAUAAAGAAUGAUUUAAAAGCAGGACACCAUGUGGACCAGACAGACAUCGCAAAGUUAUGUUUACAGAAAACUGGUUGGUUUAAUCAGCUGUUACUUUUCUGGUGUCAUUAGUAUCAUUAGACUACUCUCAGUAGAAAUGUGAACUGUUGUUCUCUGUUGACUGUUAAACCUGGAAUUGUAAAAAUAAAGUGUUGAAUUAUAUCUUUUUUGAACUGAGACUUUAGCCUUCCUCUAAUCUACCCUAAUCCAACGAUGAACCCUUAAUUCUGCCACAGAUCUCAUUUUAGAAUCAAAUGAUUGUAAAUAUUGUACACAUUCAGCAAAGAAAGAGGGAGAAACAUGUUAAUUUAUGUUGAAAUAAAUUUAUACAUCACA